GGCGUCUUCGUCCUCUCCCUCUCCGCCAUCCCCGUCACGUAUCUCUUCAACGCCUUGGCGGCCACGAGAAGCUCUUGGGUCAUCGUUGCAGUCGGAUCGCUGACUCUGCUGUUAGUGGGUGUCGCAGCUCGAUUUUUGGUGAAAAGGAAACCCCCUCGAGACUCUCCGUUUUAUGUUUUUGCUGUAUUUGCUUUCACCAGCAUCGUCAACCUGAUCAUUGGGCUUGAACAUGACGGAAUAAUUGAUGGCUUCAUGACUCAUUACUUGAAAGAGGGCGAACCUUAUCUGAACACAGCUUAUGCCCACAUGAUAUGUUUCUGGGAUGGCUCAGUUCAUUAUCUGAUGUAUCUCCUGAUGGUGGCUGCCAUUGCAUGGGAGGAAAGUUACCGGACAAUCGGGCUCUACUGGCUAGGAUCGAUCAUGAUGAGUGUUGUCGUCUUUGUGCCUGGAAAUGUUGUGGGGAAAUACGGAACAAGAAUUUGCGCAGCCUCUUUAUUGGGUAUUCCCUACAUCUGCCUCCCAGUCUGGGCUGGUUUCAGAAUCUGCAGCCAAGCAGCAGCAACUGGAGACGUUACAGCUAAGGCUAUUCAAGAAGCACACCAGAAGAGGCUUUGGAGAAGACCUUUAGAUCUGGUCCUAGCGGCGUACUGCAUCUUUGCCACUGGUUUCUGUCUUUUCCGGGGCAUGAUCGCGUUGGACUGCCCGGUCGAAGUGUGCCGACUUUACAGCCAGCAUCAGGAGCCGUACCUCAAAGAUCCUUCUGCCUAUCCAAAACUCCAGAUGCUGGUAUAUAUGUUCUAUUCUGUGCCGUACUACGUAAUCUCACUCUACGGCCUGCUCAUCCCCGGAUGUUCCUGGAUGCCUGAUUUAACCCUUAUACAUGCCGGAGGACUAGCUCAGGCUCAAUUUUCUCAUGUUGGUGCUUCUCUACAUGCCAGAACACCCUACAUCUACAGAGUUCCAGGCGAAGGAAAGAUGUGGUUUCUUAUACUCAACAUAACUUUUGGAGUUGUUCCUCAGCUGUUCGCUUACAGAUGUGUACAGAGCCCAGAGUUUUUCUUAAAGCCCAAGCCAGAUGAAAAGGCAGAGUAAGAUUUUCUGUCAUGGGACUGCUGUUAACAAAUCCUGUGCAGUUCCUCCUGAAAGAAGGUCUCACGACCUUGUGUUACACACCAGUGCUGGGAAUAAAGACUUCUCCCUUUCAUA